ACUAUUUAUAGUAUAAUUAAACUGCAAAUAUUUUGGAAGUAACAUUAUGUAGUACAGCUUGUUACUUUCCUACUAAAAUAUACUACAAAUUGAAGAAAAACAAAACCUCUAAUUUAAUAAGCGCUGUAUUUGCAGAGAUACGACUUCACUGGUUUUUUUUCAGGUACGCACCUACAGAAAAAAUGGAAGAGUGUGAAGGAUUGUUACAACAGGGAGAGAAGGAGGUUGAGUGGUGGAAAGAGUGGUUCAGCUGCUAACAGAAAAACACCAUACAUAUACUACCACAUGUUGUCAUUCUUGAAUUCCAACAACCCACCAACCAAUACCCAUUCCAAUGUGUCACAUCCUCCAGAUGAAGAUGACAUCGAUCUUGAAAAUACCCAAUUGGACCAGGGACCAGAAUCUGAAACACCUACUGCAACUACAGCGACGGCAGAGCCGUAUGCAACACGGGUAACAGCCAAAAAAAGAAAACCAGAGGAUAAUGUUGGUCAACAAUUAGUAAAAAUAUUGAAAGAAUCAGCUGAUGAAAGGCGCAGACAUGAUACAGAAGUUGGAUGUGAUGAGGAUAGGUUAUUCCUCUUGUCUUUAGUGUCGAAUAUAAAAAAAGUUCCAGACCAUUUAAAAUUAUCAGUCCGACGCCAAAUUAUAAAUAUCAUUGAGCAGAAUACAGUUCCUACCCAGCACUACCCAACACCUAAUACUAAUUACUCUCAAGGAUACAGCACUAAUUACAGUAUUGAUAAUAACUUUCAUUUCAGCCAACAAACUUCACCUCCACAAUCAACAGGAAGAAAUGAAUACAACAGCAGUAAUAGCUCUCCAGUUUUUCAAUGUUUUGAACAAAGUGAAUAACGUCUUAUAAUAAGAGUAUUUUGUUUGAAGUUCGUUUUGUU